AUGUGGCCGGAACUUUUCCCUGGUAUGACGUACAAGGGUCAGAGCUUCAUUCACGAGUGGAUGAAAUUGGCCAUGAAAUGCCCACCUCUAUUCAGCGCGUGGCUCCACUCGGGUGCAGAGCACCUACUCAUCCGGCAGAGAGCAUCUGGAUCACAGAGUCCCACGCACCAGAAGGACACAUUCAAACUGCUUUUUAUGCGACAAGAGGCCCUCACGGCCCUAAGAAAAGCUGUGGAUGACAGCGGUUCCAGCACUAUCACUGAUGAGAUUAUCAUGGCUGCUUUUGCCUUGGCGUUACAUGCGCACGAGCGAGACGAAGGCGCGCGGAUGAAACUGCCUCUUCUCUCCAAUCUGCAACUUUUGACGCGGUUUACGGAUAUAGUGAUUCUGGAUGGCCAUGUUCGGGGACUACGGUACCUCGUGCAUGCAAGAGGUGGGUACGAUAAAAUCGAGAUGCCAGGACUUUCCGCAGGUCCUUUGACCUGGGAUCUUCUCACGGCCAGUAAAUGGCUUACACGGCCUUUCAGGCCACUGCAGACGGCACUGCGGUCUGACAGUGCUGCUGAGUUCUUGACCAAGUUCGAAAGCACCAACAUUGGAAUGAUUCUCUGCUGCAAGGUUACUCUGAUGGACGUCACCUACUGGCUCAAGAGAGACGGCUAA